GUAAAACUGAUCCGUCCGACUCGUGGUUCUUCCUUUUUCGCAUAGACUUCACGGCUGCCCGUUAUUGUGCUCGCCGGAAAUCGGGGCUGUCGGACGCCGCUGGAGCCGAGGGUUAACUCAAUUGCCUAGUGAAGUUUAAUGACUUAAAACGAAAGAGAAAAGAACUGAAAUAUCCACUUGAGAGUUGACGCUCAAACCCAAUCCGACCCAGAUACCAUCCCUGUUUGGAUCUCUUUCUUCUUCACCGAUCUGAGAAUUCCAUCCACUUUGCAACCCAGUUUCUCUCUACCCGUUCAUCGACCGGCUGGCGCUCGCCGGGAAUUGGAAUGGCAGAUGGUGCACAUAAUGAACUUGAGGACCUUGGAGGUCUAACUACAUCAAUAGGGAAACUAAACAUUGAAAAUUCUUCAUUGCCAUCGGCUAGGGGAGAUCAAAAUGAUCUACAAGAUGAUGGAAGUGAUAAUUUUUGGUUUGAAGAUGAUCUUUCAAAUGAAAUUGUAGAUGAUGGCUCGAGUCAUGCAUCUGUAUUGAACAGAGAAGGGAGGUGCAGGCACAACAAAAAUCAUACAAUGGGAUAUCGAGACGGUAUAACGGCAGGCAAGGAAGCUUCUGCACAAGAGGGUUUUAAUGUUGGCUUUAGGCAAUCUGUGCAUGUUGGUUAUAGAUGGGGCCUUGUCAGGGGCAUUACUAGUGUGCUCGCUGGCCUCUCAGAUUCCUCUAAAGAAAAGUUGGUGAAGAAAUUUGAGAUCAGGGAUAGGUUCCUGAAUUUGGAUAAAUCUGUGCAAGCAAUAUCCGCAAAUGAUGCUCUCAAAAUGUAUAAUAGCAUCUUACAGAAUGGAUCAGUGCAUUCUCAUGAUCAUUCAGAAGGAGAUCUGCAAGCAGCAUCCUUGACAGAUGAAGAUUCAAGUUCCAAUAAGUUAGAGAAUAUUUAUAAGGACCUUAUUUCUCUUCUCAAUGAUGCUCCAGAAAUUAACGUGAAUGCAAUUAAGACAUGAGUUGGUUGAAUGAUUGUCCUGUUGAAGGAAUGUUCUGGUAUUAUAUGAAUGAACAAAUAGCUUGUAUUCCUUAUAUGGUGGCCUAUCAGUUACAUUUCACUGCAAAAUUGUCACCAUACCAUUCUGUGUUAGCGCGUUAUAGACUGGAGUUGUGUAAUCUGUAGAGAUAUGCUUUUUGUUGGUUUAUUGUAGCUUCUUCUUCCUUGUAAGUCAUUACAAUAAAUGUUAUGAUGAAACAAUUCCAGACUAGUUUAUUUCAAUAUUUUACCUGUUAUUAUA